AUGCCUACUGCAACUCCAAUUGUAAUGCCUACUGCAACUCCCUAUGUAAAACCAACAGAAACUAAAACCAUUGCACCAAGUGAGGGCGAAAAAGGAAAUAUAAUCGCCAAAUCAAAACAAGCGCCAAUAAUUAUUGGUAGUAUAAUUGGUGUUGUUGCAUUGAUUGCCAUUGUUGCCGUUGUUGGAAUUAUAAUCCACAGAAAAUUGAAGCAUUGCAAUUAUAAAGAGGAAAUAUCCGAUGAUUUUGGAGCUGUAGAUAUUUAA